AUGGAUACUCUGUUACACAAUCUGGAUUACUACCUCGAAGCACUCAACUCUGCCGAAGCUGCAGUUGUGCAGACUAUUCCUUCACUACCUGUUACGCCUGAGUCCUUUAAAAUACUUUCAGAACGGCGUCCGAUGAGUCUCAUUGAGAAGAUCCUCACUCAUGCUGGCGUCGGCCUCACGAAAUCUCAUGUUGAGACAGGAGAGAUGAUUUGUGUCAAAGUUGACUGGACAAUUACAUCGGAACUACUCUGGGCUGGCAUGGAAAAGACAUACGACAAAAUGGGAAGGCCACGUCCCUAUCGAAAUGACCGACUGUGGCUCGCUGUUGACCAUACUGUUGACCCUCGCACAAACCAUCAGCCUAGGCAAAGGGGUCUCAUGGCAAAGGCUGAGCGGUUUCGCCGGGAAGCCAAAAUUAUCGACUACUUGCCGGCGAACACGAGCAUCAUGCACACAGAUUUCACACGCGAGCGAGCACAACCCGGACGCAUCGUCGUCGGAAGUGACUCGCACACUUGCUCAGCUGGAAGUAUGGGAUCUUUUGCCGUUGGAUUUGGCGCGGCUGAUGUUGUCAUGCCCAUGGUUACUGGAGAGACCUGGUUCCGAGUCCCAGAGGUUUGUAGGAUCAACUUUGUUGGCAAACUACCCUUUGGCGUUGGCGGCAAGGACGUUAUACUUCAUAUCCUCGGUCUCUUCAAGCGGAACACCAUUGCAUUCCAGCGUGCCGUGGAGUAUGGUGGCCCGGGACUGCAGGGGCUCUCGAUGGAUGCAAGGUUUGCGAUUGCAAACAUGACAACUGAGGUUGGUGGCAUGGGUGCUUGCUUUGAAGCGGACGAGGAGACCUCGGCAUGGAUUGCACGACGACAGCAACCAGAGCAUCGAGAGGGCGGCCUUUAUUUCCGAGCGGACCCUGACGCGCGGUACGUUGAGGAGAGAACCGUUGAUCUCUCUGAGGUCAAUGUCACUAUGGCACUAUACCCAAACCCAGAUGACGUUGUUCUUGCCUCAGAAAAGGCUGGGAUGAAGCUAGAUGGAUGCUUCAUUGGAGCCUGCACCACCACCGAGGAAGACUUGAUCAUCGGUGCUCUGAUUCUUGAGGCUGGCCUCCGAGCGGGCAUACGACCUGUUACUCAUGGGAAGCGCAGAGUCACGCCUGGUAGCCUCAUCAUCAUCAAGCGUCUUGAGCGACAUGGGCUCUUGGAGAUCUACAAGCAGGCCGGGUUUGAGAUUGGUGCCCCUGGAUGCUCUUACUGCGUGGGAAUCAACGAUGUUGACGUUGCUGGUGAAGGCGAAGUUUGGCUCUCUUCACAAAACCGCAACUUUCGAAAUCGAAUGGGCAAAGGCAGCCUGGGUAACAUUACUUGUGCGGCUGCUGUCGCCGCGUCCAGCUUCGACAUGGUGGUGAGAGACCCCAAAUACUUGCUGGACCGACUGGACAGAGAAAAGCUGGAGAGAAUAGUGAAGGGCUCCAGGAGUAGCACGGACAUCUCAGUGGUUAUCAGUGAACCUGAGCCGCAGAUUUCGUCUAACAAGACACCAAGUCUUCUCAACGACAAUGAGCUAAAUGAGCCUGCUUCUUCGACGCAGUCAAUUUCGCGAGUCGUGCGGUCCAAGGUCCAACGGUUUGGAGAAAACGUGGACACUGAUGCUAUUAUUCCUGCAGAGUUCAUGCCUGGUAUCGACAACGCAGACCUGGGCAGCCAUUGCUUCCAGUACUUCCGCCCAAGUUUCCGAGACAAGGCCAAGCAAGGAUCGCGCAUCAUUGUGGCAGACCAUGGUUUCGGCAGUGGGUCAUCUCGCGAAGACGCCGUGAGAGCCUUGCAAGGUGCUGGAGUGGAAGCGGUUAUUGCGAAGGGAUUCGCUUUCAUCUAUGAGCGAAACCAGCUCAACAUGGGCCUGUUUAACAUAAAACUGCAAGAUCCAGAGUUCUACGAAAUCGCAAAAGAAGACACGGUGAUUACGAUCGACAAAGACAACAAAACAAUCUACAUUGAAGGAUAUAAGAAUGUGUUUUCUUAUCAGCAAUCAGACAUCGAGGAGACCCUGCUAGACGCAGGAGGUGUGCUGCCUUUAUACAGUCAGUUUGGAGGCAAGGGCGGAAGAAAGAGGAAGGAACUUAGCAGUGGAUUUACGACGGAGACGUUGAAGUGUUCACAGCCUUCGACUUUUGAGUGGUAG